AUGUUUGAGAGCGUUCAGUGGGCAACGUCACCUGUCAAAUACUUGGGAGUGCCACUAGACCAAUAUCAAGAACCUGCAAAAUAUUGGGAAGCGGAAAAUGAGCGCACACGCGAAUGUACGCACAAAUGGGGUGGCCGCGAUCUUUCAAUCUUUGCUCGGGCCACAGUAUGUAACCUCUUUUUGGUGGCCAAGGUAUGGUAUGUGCUGCAGGCACUGUGUAUGUCACGGACCAGCGUCCAGAGAUUGCACCGAGCUUUCGCAGUGUUCAUUUGGGGUUCGAGUUGGGAGAGGACAAGUCGCACAAAUCUAUUUCUGUCCGUUGGAAAGGGUGGCCUAGGUUUGGCUCAUUUGUUUCUUAGGCAACUUGUGUCAAGAUUUAUGUUCCUCCGAGACCAAAAGGAUGCUUUCCUGCGUACGGUAAUACAAAUUUGGUUGAAAGAGGCACUGCCUGAGUAUGUUGUAUCAUCCAGCCCUGUGAAACGCGUACGGGUGCGGGGCUUUCUUUGGGAGGUUGUGCGCGCUUUUCCGUGUUUGAAAGUUCGCUUUUCUGCACAGUAUCUUGCUGAUGUUAGAAGGAAACAACUCUAUAAAGACCUUAUUGAUACUAUGUUGCCUAUACCUUUGUACCGUUCCAUAUACUGUGUUGGCUCUGAAGGGAAUGUACUUAAGAGAGUGAAAAAGAUGUCGGUGCGGCCCUCAAUGAAAUCAUUCUUCUUUCAGCUGCACACAGGCACACUGCCCGUGAAACCAUGGCUACAAGAGAAAGGAAUAUUUGUCCCAUGGUCCACAAACUGUCUAAUCUGUAGAAAACCGGAGACUAUAGAUCACAUGUUCCUUCACUGCACAGACGCUGUAUUUCACUGGGACGUCUUGCAACGAACUUUAGAAAAGCAGCUUCCAAUAUCACCUUACGGCAUAAGAUUUCUAUCGGUAGAUAGCGGUGACGAAGUGCCGUGGGACAUGUUUAUGCUUAUCAGCUUACACAGUAUAUGGAAAAAUCGAAUGGCGUUUAGGCAUGCAGAUGAAACUAUCCUCCCUGUACGAGAGUAUUUCAUUGAAAAUGUGUCUUAUGUAAGAGAUGUGUUUAAGGCUCAAAAAGAACAGCCGGAAUGGCUCCCAUUAAUGGAUGACCUCGCCAAACUGAAACGCUUUUAAUCCUUUGAUGUGAGCUGACCAGUGCACCACUCGCAUCUUUUACUUGUAAAACGAUAUUAGUGUUUUGUAUGUCU